AUUUCAUCGUUUGUCAAACGCAUCGACAACUAUGAAGAAGGUACAAACUUUGAUAAUGGUGGUAGCCAUGAGCUGCUUACAUAUGUCGUUAAAAGCAGAAGCGAGGAAUUAUGGACAUAAAAGAAGUUACAGUACUGUAACUCCCAUGACUUAUGUGCACAUUGGAUGUUUUAGAGACACGAGUGACAGAGCUAUUGAGACACUUGAGGGCACGGACUCUCGGUUGGAUGGUUCUUACACAUCGCGAGCAGAUGCAAUAAGAAAAUGUGCUCAAGUAGCAAGUGACCGUGGUUUUAAUAUGUUUGCUGUACAAAACGGUGGCUGGUGUGCAUCCAGUGCUACAGCGGCCUCUACGUUUUCCAAGUAUGGUAUGUCUGGAGCUUGCAAUUCUGAUGGCGAAGGCGGUCCUUGGGCAAACGAUGUGUAUGUACUGGACAAAGACAUAGGAUACGAACGUGUUGGCUGUUUUGGAGACACAAGUAUCAGGGCGAUUCCAACACUGGAGGGAUCAGACCCCCGACUCGAUGACAGCUACACAUCGCGAGUAGAUGCAAUAGAGAAAUGUGCCGAAGUGGCGAAAGAUCUUGGUUAUAAGAUGUUCGGGGUGCAAAACGGUGGUUGGUGUGCAUCUAGUGACACUGCGCAUAUAACUUAUAAUAAAUACGGUUCAUCAAGUGCAUGUCGCAGUGAUGGAGAAGGUGGGCCAUGGGCAAACGAGGUUUAUGUACUACGCGAUAAAGAUACAUCAUAUCCGGUACCCGGAGAAUACGUACACGUUGGAUGUUAUAAAGACACAAGUGACCGAGCCAUUCCGACACUUGAAGGAACCGACGCCCGUCUUGAUGGCUCAUACAUAUCUCGUGAACAUUCAAUACACAAAUGUGCCCAGGUAUCACGUGAUCGUGGUUUUAAAAUUUUUGCUGUGCAAAACGGAGGUUGGUGUGCAUCUGGCGGCAGUGCGUUAUAUACGUUUAAUAAAUAUGGCGCAUCCACAGGUUGUGCAGCAGAUGGAGAGGGUGGACCAUGGGCGAACGAUGUAUACAUACUGAAAGAUAAAGAAUAUGCUAGGCUGGGUUGUUUCCGCGAUACAUGUGAUAGAGCCAUACCGACUCUUGAAAAUACUGAUAACCGAUUGGAUGGUGCCUACGAGUCACGAGCAGACGCUAUAGACAAAUGUGCAGAAGUGUCUGAUGACAAUGGGUUCAAUAUAUUUGGCGUACAGAACGGUGGUUGGUGUGCAUCCAGUGCUACUGCACUCACGACAUAUAACAAAUAUGGAACAUCUGACGCAUGUGGUGCUGAUGGCGAGGGUGGACCGUGGGCUAAUGAUGUCUACAUACUUCUUGACAAUUAA